CCCACCGGGAGGGCGCGGGGGCGCCGUGAGGGCUCCGGGCAAGAUGGCGGCGGCCGCGGCGCUGAGGGGCGGCGGGCGGGCGGUGACCCGCGAGGUGUUGCAGCUGGAGGCCCGGGGGCUCUGCACGAAGCCGGUGGGCACCGGGACGGCGCCGCCAACGAUUUCUCCAGGCUGCUGUUUGGCUGGGUCAGUCUGUGCAGGGAAUCAGACCUCUUCCAAAGGUGGCUGCUCAUCCUCCUGCCUCCCCCUGCCCUUCCUUCCCAUCCUGCACCUUCCAUCUGGCAGAGAGAACUCUCUCCUGCUGUCUGCAGACAAAGAUGAGCGCGUAUCUAGUACUAACCUCAAGGAAGCUGCAAAACCUGCUGAAGACACGAGGAUGUCCAUGUCAAGAAAAACUGAGGUUGCGUUUCCUCAGCGAGGAGUAGUUUCCUCCCAUGUGCAGGAAAAUCUCACCACACCUGCAGCAGGAGGAGGCCUGAGGAAAGAGUUAGCUGAGGAACAGACUUCAUCCAGCUCGGAGUCAGAUUCUAGCUCAGAUUCAGAGGACGAAAAUGUCGAUGAUUCAGAAGUUGCUAUUAAAACUAAAGUUGAGUUUCCCAGACGAUAUCCCAUCUUUUCUGAGAACAUAGCAGUAAAGGUAUCAAUGCUGGCAAAAGAGAAAUUGUCCCAGAAAUCCCUCAAAGAAUAUGGAAUUAAGAAGCUGCCACACAAACCAGAAAUUAACGUGUCUCCUGUAAAGCAGGUCAAAUUUUCUAAAACAUCAGUCAGCCAAGAAACAUCAAAAUCCAAAGCAAGAGACCCCAAAGUAAAAUCUACUCCAAAAGACCAGAAGUUGGUCUUAGAACCACAUGUGGUGAAAAGUCUAGACCUGACCGAUGUUAAUCAUAAAUCUGAUCCUGUGGAGAAGUCCACUGGAACCCAAGUAGCAGCUAUUCAGCUGAAAGCCUCAGCAGUGACUCAGAAAGACAAAAAGCAAAAUCUGAUAUCCAGAGGAGAGAAGGAAAAGGUGAAGGAGGCACAGGAGUUGGAAGCAAAAGAAGUAACUGCUCCUGAAGUGACUUCUGGAAGCACAGUGUUGGUGAUGGGCACCACAGCAGAGGAGGAGACCAAGCAGGAAGCAGGAGUCCAGACUGGAGAAAGCAUCACAGUAGAGGAGAAAACGCCUAAGCCUGCCCCAGAGGAGUUUGACAAUUCCACCUACAAGAACCUGCAGCACCACGAAUAUCACACCUUCACCUUUCAUGAUUAUGUCGCUAUCCUCGCAAAGUACAGGCAGCCUCAGCCAUCCUCUGGAAGACCAUCACCAAGGCACUGAAAGAACCACUCUUACAACAAACAGCCAGGCAGGAUGAUGAGUUGUUCUAUUUAGCAUUGUUGCUUCAUCUGCAUAAUUGAAAUCAGAUAAUAAAUAAUAAAUAAAUAAGGCAUAAUAACUUGG